CCAAAUUUCACGAUCGCCUUGAAGCCCGAAUUUGACGACGUACACCCGCCCCGACUAACCCAAUAGCCAGGAACAGCCGUCAAGGUGAGAUUCAAUUGCUACGGCAUCCUCGAUCGACAUGCUGUCGAUAUUGUGAUUUAGUUACUGACAUUUGGUUUCAUAAAGAUGGUCGCCGCAAAGAAGCACGUUCCUAUCGUGAAGAAGCGCACGAAGCUCUUCAACCGCCACCAGAGCGACCGCUUUAUGCGCGUUGAUCGAUCAUGGCGCAAGCCCAAGGGUAUCGACAACCGCGUCCGCCGUCGCUUCAGGGGUAACACUGCCAUGCCCUCGAUCGGCUUCGGCUCCAACAAGAAGACCAAGUACAUGAUGCCCUCCGGCCACAAGGCCUUCCUCGUCAGCAACGUCAACGACGUCAACCUCCUGCUGAUGCACAACCGCACCUACGCUGCCGAGAUCGCCCACAACGUCUCCUCGAGAAAGCGCAUCGACAUCAUCGGCCGCGCCAAGCAGCUCGGUGUCAAGGUCACGAACCCCAAGGCCAAGGUCACCACCGAGGUCUAAGCGAAGAAGAAGAUGUAAAAAGUUUUCUCACAGUGGGUUGCGUGGAGGUAAAAUCAGCUGUUCGGGGCGAGGGGGUUCGGUUUUCAUCGCCUGGUUACUUGCGUUGUGCUCUCAUAUCCAGGGAACGGGAAUGCAUCGGAAACGGUUUCUGCGAUGAUUCAGGGCUGGCGGCUUGGCAUGGCUCGUACCGUUGUGCUAGGAAAUACAAAAAAACAACCGCAGCAAAAAUUCAACGACUUGACGUUCACUCAGGCGUGUGUUUCUUACUACUACCGUCGAUUGACAAGAAUAAGGCGUUGGGUGGGAUGGAAAACAGGAUCCUUCAUAUGCUCGGUAAUUCGAGAAUAUCACCA